CUUCCCACAGCUUGGCGGCAUGAAUCAGCCCUCAUACCCACGCACUUUGCGCGCUCCUCCGUGUCCUUGCAUUGUGAGGGAGGAUGCUCGCUGGAGGCUUCCUUUGCUCUCGGGGGUCCUACACGAAGUAGCCAUUGGCUUCUCCUUCUCCUCAUCCCGAUGCUGCCGCUACUUCUGGAAGAAGAAGCGAGGUCGUGUAGCAGCCGUCCACGAAGCCUGACACGCAUGACAAGUAAACGAGCUCUUUGACGGCAGCCAGCAGCACAGGAAUGUGCCCAAGUGUGGUCUACAAGCCACAAUGAGGAGCUACCUCUUGUUUUUUUCUUGAAAAAUCACCCACACGCCGCAGAACAAAGCACAGCCCCUUUAAUUGUGCUUUGUAUACCUGUUUUGGGUUGCUUUUUUUUUUGCUAGCGGCGUUGGUGAUUUGCUGUUUUUCGGUUUUUGUUGGUCUCUUCUUUUGUCAAGCGUGGACAAGACAAACUUGUCCAUGGCUCUUGUCAUGGAGCCCGUCAGCAAGUGGAGCUCCAGUCAAGUGGUGGACUGGAUGAAAGGACUGGACGACUGCCUGCAGCAGUACAUCAAGACGUUUGAGCGGGAGAAAGUCGGCGGGGACCAGCUGCUGCGUAUCACCCACCAAGAGCUGGAAGACUUGGGAGUGUCCAGGAUCGGCCAUCAGGAACUCAUACUGGAGGCGGUGGACUUGCUGUGUGCACUUAAUUACGGACUAGAGACGGAGAAUCUCAAGACCCUCUCUCAUAAGCUUAACGCGUCAGCUAAGAACCUGCAGAACUUCAUCGCAGGGAGGCGGCGCAGCGGCCAUUACGACGGCAGAGCCACCCGUAAGCUACCCAAUGACUUUCUUACCUCUGUGGUAGACCUCAUCGCCGCUGCCAAAAGCCUUCUGGCGUGGCUGGACAGGUGCUCCUUCUUCUCCAGGUCGCCAUUUGCAUCUGUGGCUGAUUACGGUGUCACCAGAAACAAUGUCAUCCAGCUCUGUCUCGAGCUUACAACAAUUGUACAGCAGGAUUGCUCUGUAUAUGAAACGGAGAACAAAAUCCUUCAAGUGUGUAAAACUUUAUCCGACGUGUGCGACCAUAUUAUAUCUCUAUCCUCGGAUCCCAUGGUGUCGCAGGCUGCGCAUCUGGAGGUAGUGCAGUUGGCUAACAUUAAAUCCACGGAGGGAUUGGGCAUGUAUAUCAAGUCAACAUACGAUGGUUUGCAUGUCAUUACUGGGACAACAGAGGGAUCUCCGGCUGAUCGCUGUAAGAAAAUUCAUGCUGGAGAUGAAGUCAUUCAGGUCAACCAUCAGACAGUGGUGGGCUGGCAACUCAAAAACUUGGUGAACCUUCUGCGUGGGGACCCGGCAGGUGUCACCCUGACGUUGAAGAAACGCCCACAGAGCACGCUCACGUCGACUCCUGCUUUGCUAAAGAACAUGCGGUGGAAACCUUUGGCUUUGCAACCGCUGUUCCCUCAGAGCCCCAGCAGCAGUGCUGCCACACCUACCAGCACUUUAAGCUCUCCAUCUAGGAGGGGAAGCUGCGCCCUUCAGGACCUCUACAUCCCACCUCCUCCAGCGGAGCCUUACACCCCCAGAGACGACAAAGGGAGUCUUCAACGUGACGACUCUAUGUCCGAGCACGUCCAUCCCAGCAAGCGCUCCGACUCACCAAAUUCUUACCUGGACCAGGAGUGUGGCUCUCAAUUCCCUCUGGUGGAAGAUGACUCUAUACUCUACUGCUACGAGUACGACCAGAACCAAGAAGUGUCGCCUGUGCGCAGGGGGAGCACGCCCACCUACAGCAGACUCAGGCCCAUCUCCAUGCCACUGGAAUACAACUGGGCAGGAGAUGAGGAGGAGAACCUGGCCAAGAUGAAGAGAGAGAGCAGGAGAGAAAAGUCCCUUCUGCGUUUUGCGAGUGAAGACAAAGGCCCCGGGGGAGAAUUCCUGUUGGGUCGCAGCCUGAGUCACAGUCGGAGAAAGCCGGAGAGGGGCAGCAGCCCCGCUCACUACACGCUCAUCCCGGCCCUCCAGAUGGAAGUUUCACUGUCCACGUCCAGCUCCGACUCUGCCUCUCUCUAUCACGUGUUUGAGCGCUCCUCGCUGCUGUCAAGGUCAAAGAAGAAGAAUAAAGCCGGAAGCCCCAUGGCCUCCAUCAGCAAGCGACGAAUCUCCUGCAGGGACUUGGGUCAGGGUGACUGUGAAGGCUGGCUUUGGAAAAAGAAAGACGCUAAAACCUAUUUUUCUCAAAAGUGGAAGAAGUAUUGGUUCAUUCUUAAAGACACCUGCCUGUACUGGUACAUGAACGAAGAGGAUGAGAAGGCAGAGGGCUUUGUCAAUCUUCCAGAGUUUAAGGUUGACCGUGCUACUGAAUGCAGGAGAAAAUUUGCUUUCAAGGCAUGCCACCCGAAGAUAAAGACCUUCUAUUUUGCAGCAGAAAAUGUAGACGACAUGUCAAGGUGGCUGAGUCGACUCAGCAUGGCUGUGGCGGGCUAUUGUGAUCAGGACAAAAUUCAGGAUCAGGAUUACUGGAGUGAGAGUGAUCAUGAGGACAUGGACAUGGCCUCCAUGAGCAAGCAGGACAGUCCACCGCCACCCUAUGACACCUAUCCCAGAGCGUCAUCAGUGAGCCCUUUCCUAGAACCCAAACAUAGUCACUUCUCCUCAUCUGACACGUUCCACUCACGUUCCUCUCAUGAGGAUUACCAUUCGGAGCCUCAGGAAGGCGGUGGCACCAACAGCGGUGGUAUCUCCCCCAGGCAGAAAUCCAGAAACCAGCGAAACUCGUGGCAGGAGCAGAUGGAGAGCAACGCCAGAAUGCACUUCCUCCAGGCGUACCCUGUGGAAGAGCCCCUGCUAUCUGCUGACAGGGAACAAAUGGCUAUGGAGUAUCGAAGGCAGUCUACGCUUCCUGCCCAGCGCAGCCUCCUCCAGGAGCAAUACAGAGCCUUACCCCUGCCCGUCAGGUCCAGUAUUGAUUCGGAAACGGGAGGGAAACCACGCAGCUUCACGCUACCGCGUGACAGCGGCCUUCACGCCAUCCUGGCGGCCAACGCCGGCGCUUCAGACGAGACGACAUCUCCGCGCUACCAGCUGGAACGGCCCAGAGAAAUAGGGCGCGGCGGACGUGACAUGAGAUUGCAGUCGGACUCUGUUGGGGAUUUGUAUCGAGCUCUGGAGCAUACCAGCCUGUCCACCUCCGCUGAGCACCGAUCCACCAGUCGCCUGGAGUACAAGCGUUCCUUUGUCCGCAGGGUUAACGACCCCUUGCUGAACGACAAGCUUCACCGCCUCCGCAUCCUCCACAGCUCUCUCAACAACGUCCCUCUUCCAGACAUAAACCGAUCCAUGGGCUUUUUAGGCUAACGCGUGGAACUGCUCUCCUCAUAGCUGGGGGAUGAAAAGGUGUCAGAAUCUUCAUUUUGCUUCCUCCUUUUUCUCCUAUCCCUUUCAGCGAUUUCUACUAAGAGUAUUACACGCUCUCAGAAGUUUUAACGAUGAGAAGAUUUCCUAAAAACACUCGUUUGAACUGGUUGAGAAAAAAAAUAGCACUUUGCGUCCCUGUUCGGGACUUGAUGGAGAGCUUCUUGCAUGGCUGUUUCCCAUCACGUUUGCUGGAGUAAUGUGGAUCUGAUCAGAUCAGAUUGACUAUUUUGGAUGUACUCCAUUUUGUUAUGUGUGUAAUUAUUCAUUGAUAUUAAAUAUGACAUCGUUACUAGGGGUGUAACGGUACACACAAGUCACGGUUUGAUACGUACCUCGAUAUGGGGGUCACGGUUCGGUUGGGGUUCAGUAGAACAGAAAAAACAAAAAGGCGCUUGUGAAUUUAUUUUUUUUAUUGUUCUAACAUUCUUUAAUUCACAGUUUAUGUGCAAAAGUGGACAACACACCCUUUUUGUAGGGAUCGACUGAAGUAAAAGUUAUAGUCAGGUAGCACUCGCCAGUUUUUUUACGCUUUUUCAAAAAUAAGAUACUAACAUUUUCAAUGUUGGACUGCACACAUUUAAAGGGGAAAUGUGAACUAAAGUUGGCCAACCAUGUUUUUGAAUAAUAUCAAUGGCUAAACAAUUAUAAGCAUAUUUUCAUUAUUUUUUUUAACGCAACCCUUCCAGAUUCUUUGUUUAACCCAUGGCAACGCCCUUGACAACGAAAAUGCUUUUCUUCGGCAAUCUUCGGAAAUCUUCGGAAAUUACGUCACACCGGGAAGUGCGAGGGAAGUCCGCCAUAGAACAGUAUUGUUUGUUGCAUUGCUUCUCGGUAAGAUGCCGCGGCGGUGUGUGGCGAUGUUUUGUUCUCACUCAAACGAAAAGUUGUAUGAGUGGCCAAAGGAUAGCAGGGCACGUAAAUGGACAUCUUUCGUUUGCACGAAGCGAAUGAAUUUCGCGCCAUCAUCGAGUAGUGUUCUCUGCUGCAAACACUUCGAAGAUGCCUGCUUCCUUAACCGGUCUGCUUAUGAUCAAGGAUUUGCCAAAAAAUAAGUGUGAUUUUUGGAUAGAUGACUGAUGACUUUGUCAAAGCAGAGCUGCCAACUGUUGUGGAAUGAACAAUAUAAGCUAGCGACGUUAGCCGAAAGUUAACUCGUGGCAAUCCCCGAUCAUAGUUGUUGUUGCGUUCGCUAGGUUAAGCGUGUUUAAAUUGUGCGUCAUCUACGAUCUUGUCCGAAAGGGUUAAUCCACUGUCAAUCGGGAAAGGGGUGUGGAUGUGCACAUAAGCGGGUCGGCGUCGCGGUAAUUCAUGGUCACGUUGCAGUAAGAGACACACACCGCCGGUGAGUUUGUGCACAUUUAUUUGUAUUUGUAUUAUGUAUUUCCACCUUCAUGCUUCAAGCAUUGCAUUGCAUUUGUACGGUUCGCCGUUUCUUUCACGGUGAUCGCUUGAUAGCCUUCGGGUAUGUGUUUCGCCGCUUCGCGAGAGCCGCUGGCAGGUGACAAGUGUUGCUUUUAAUGUCUGGCAGCGAAUCAGCGAGCGCGCAGGUCACACAGUGAAUCAUGGGAAAUGUAGUCUCUGGACAACACUGAAGUGGUGCUUUGUAAUCUGUUCGCUUGUGUGAAAAAACUACAUUUCCUCACGCCAUUAGACGCCACUUUGUUUUCUUAUUCUUGCCACAAUAAAGUGGAGAAAGCCAUCGGCGACUGUGAUAUAGUGGAUAUUAUUUAGUUGUAAUACGGGAGUUCACCAGUAGAGGGUACGCAUGUCAUUUAGAUGUGUUAUUGUUUGUGCCUUACUCCUUCACUAAAAGAGAGAAAAGUUGUUGUUCAGAGUCAUUUGGCAAGACGUUGAGUAAAGUUGUAAAAGCCAAUAAAGGUGUCGUGUGGGUCACUCGGUCAAGACAUAACGACUCAUCUCCUUCUUUCCCCCCAACGUUUUUAUAUUAUUAUUUUAUGUGCACGAGAGCUGCCGGAUCUGCCAAAAUGAACAUGAAGUCUGAUUAUUAUUUUUUUUAACAAUGUCAUCAGAUAGACAAAAACAUAAAAUGAUCUCCAAAUGCCUGCAUCUUCAAAUCAUGAAAAUAAUAACAGCCUAUAUCUUACCAAUGUUGUAAUCUCGAUGGGUCUUGUAUCCAUUCCAUGUCAGGUAGUAUAGGCACAUUGUUUGCAUCCUGAUUAGCGUCCGGCUAAUAACAUAAAAUUCCAAUCUCCUCUUAUUCCUCCAACUCUUCAAAAACUUGGAUCUCCUCCCUUGUGCUUGAUCUAUCGCUUAUAUCGCUGUUUGAAUCAUUGUUUGAAGGGCUUUGUAUGGCGGCCGUAUGUAUGGAGGUGCCAUCGCGUUCCCGGUGUGACGUAUCACUUCCGGGUUCGUCCCCUAUCAGGCUCGAACUUCGGAAACGCAAUUAUUUUGUCAAAUAUACAACAUAUUAUUUAUUUUUUCAUGCUAUAUUUGUUGGACAAUGUUUAAUUACUUUACUUGUGACCCUAUUUGGCAUGUGAAGAAAUUACUUCACAUUACUGCUUUAACAGUGGCGGAUGCUGGUCUUUCAAUGGGGGGAAGCUCAAAGUGUGUCCACCUGUGAGUGCUUUGUGACAGUGGAGGGGCUCAGCGGCACUCGCUGUUCGGUAGGGAAAGAAACUAGAGUGCCAGAAGUUAAGUCUCCGAACACAAGCAGCUACAAUAGAAAAAACCACCAGAAAUAAGCUCGAUUUUUUUUGCUAGUCGUUUUUAAACACAGCAAGUGUCCCUUGGAUGACUAUAAGUCUCCGGUUCAACAAAGAACAAUGGAAAGAAAAUUGAAAAAUGCCUCCCGCGGAUUUUAAUACAACAAGAUCACUGAUUCGCUCAUUUUGAUUCGAUCACUGAUUCGCUGUCAAACAAAAACUGAUUCAGCCUCAGACAGACCAUCCAAUUUUCAUGCAGAGAAGCAUUUGGGCCAGCAGAGCUCUGCCCACUGCCCAUAGACCCGUAGAGACGCAGUGUCUAAUGGGCGGGAAUAACCCAGCCUUUAGCCAAUGACUUGCCUAGUUUCGCUGCAAUGCAACAAUGUACUCUCAACUCUGGGGAAGCACAGCUUCCAUGAAUGAAACGCAAGCCUCAUCGUAACCAGUGAUAAAAAGCUAAUUCUGAGCUAAAGUUGCGUGCAUUGUAGCGCAUAUUUAGUCAAUGGCAUGUACACACAACACUAUACAUUUGAUCACUCAUUUUUUUACAUUUUUGGGGAAGCUGAGCUUCCCUUGCAGUCUUAGAGAAAUCGCCUCUAACUGCCCAGCAGAAGAGCAGAAGUAUUUGCACCCCUUGUGAUUUUGCAAGUUCAGCCACUUAGAAAAAAGGUAGAGGUCUGAAAUUUCAAUCACAGAUGCAUUUCUACUUAUAGAGACAUAAUCUACAAAAAAUAAAAAUAAAAAAAAUCCGGAACUCACAUUGUAUGAUUUUUCAAUAAUUUAUUUGUAAUUUACUGGGGUUCAUAAGUAUUUGCACCCCUGAGAAAAUCAGUGCUAAUAUUUAGUGCAGAAGCCUUUUUUUGCAAUUACAGAGGUCAGACGCUUUCUGUAGUUCUUCAGCAGGUUUUCAGCAAUGGAAACAGAGAUUUUGGCGCAUUCCUCCACACAAAUCUUCUCUAGAUCUGUCAGGUUUCGUUGCAAUCAUCAAGUUUCAGCUCCAUCCAAAGAUUUUCUAUUGGGGUCUGGAGACUGGCUAGGCCACGCUAGAACCUUAAUAUGCCUUUUACGCAGCCACUCCUUGGUCAACUUUGCUGUGUGCUUCGGAUCAUUGUCAUGUUGGAAGAUCCAGCCACGACUCAUCUUCAAGUCUCUGACUGAAGCAAGAAGGUUGUGGCUCAAAAUCUGACGAUACAUUUCACCAACCAGAGGUUGCUUUGCUGCCUCUGGCCCUGGACUGCUGCUGGUAUGCAUAGCAUUAUUAAGUCUAAAGACUAUCAACAAAUUCUGCAGCAUAAUGUAGGGCCCAGUGUGAGAAAGCUGGGUCUCCCAGAGGUCAUGGGUCUUCCAGCAGGAAAAUGACCCAAAACACACUUAAAAAAUCACUAGAAAAUGGUUUAAAGUGCUUGUGACACGAAAAAGCAUGUUUAUUUCAUAAUACACGCGGUAUUUUAUGCUCCUGAAUGAUAUGGACCGCUUGGAUGUGUGUGGAAGCGAUCGCUAUAUUUAUUUAGUUUUUUGAAUCCCGCGCCAGGAAAAUGAGUGACUUCCGGCUUCGGUCUCGCAUUGAGGAGGAGGGCGCUGUGACGUGUACGGUAGAAGACGUCCUCUUCACGCUACAGUGUACUGUUGUGUAUGAGGAGGAAGGAUUCAGCUGAUUUUGCGGAUUAAUACUUUUAUUUUUUGCAUCACGCCAGCCAAACGGCUGCAGAAAAAUCAUUCUGUAUGCGGGAGAGGCGUAUGCGCCUUUUUGGAGUUUCAAAAGGUUCCCAUUCACCGUGGAUAUUUACUGUGGGACCAUUGGACUUACAAGGAAGUGAGUAAACAUCUUGUUUUGUAUUAUGUCAAAUACGAAUACAGUGAUUACAAAGUAAACACUAUAAAAUUCCUUUAAAUAAAGGACUACUUACGUUUGAUCAUUGAUAGGCAUGUAAAAAGCUAUCAUCACGCUCAUUAGCAGUUAGCUGUUAGCACGUUAGCUACACAACAAUUCCAGCCACCCUCCUCCAGGGAACGAACUGUAAAUUGCUCUCCGCCGGGCGGUUUGCCGAUCCGCAAAGAAACUCGACAACCGGGUCGUCAUGUCAAAUAAUCCAGGCUAGUUAUGUGUGAUUUUCCACUUCGAAGACUUUGAAACAUCCCUCGGUUCGGGUUAGCAUGUCGGCUAGCUGUCACUCCUUCUGGUCUGUUUGCAUUCUCCGAAGCCGGGGAAGGGAAAUGACAUAUGUCCGAUUUAGGUGUCAUAAAAUAUCGUUCUGCAGGUGUGACAGUAAAGGUAAAGUCGACUGUUUUGACCAUUAUGGAGUAAUUUUGCCAUGUCGUCUUGAAUAAAUGGAUUUUUAUUAUUUUAUAUUCCAUUUAGCACAAGUUAUUUGUCAUGACCAUGCCAUUUAUUUAGCAAUUGGGGAAAGUACUUGGGUAAAAAGAAUAUCCUGUAAAAAUAUUGAAGUAAAGAGACAGAAACUAUGACAUUUUGCCGCUCUCUUCGUCGCGUUUUCCUCAUUGUGAAUAGUUCCCCUCGACGGGCUGACUGGUCCUUCUCAAGCCAUUUAUAUAGCUAUUGGGGAAAAAUACUUGGAUAAAAAGAAUAUCCUGUAAAAAUAUUGAAGUAAAGAGACAGAAACAAUGACAUUUUGCCGCUCUCUUCGUCGCGUUUUCCUCAUUGUGAAUAGUUCCCCCUCGACGGGCUGACUGGUCCUUCUCAAGCCAUUUAUAUAGCUAUUGGGGAAAAUACUUGGAUAAAAAGAAUAUCCUGUAAAAAUAUUGGGAGUAGAGAGACUGAAACAAUGACAUUUUGCAGCUCUCUUCGUCUCGUUUUCCUCGUUCUGAACAAUUCCCCCUCAAUGGGCUGAAUAGUAAAACCGAUGAGCCUAGUCUACCGCUGACGUCAUCCACCUGUUGGGGACGCUAAAGCCCUAUAAUUGUAGGCGUGGCUAACCGGCAGAUUAAAAGACUUAAUUUCUCGUCAUCUGCGCUUUGCUAAAUUGUUGUAUAUGGUCGAAUCGUCUCAAAAUAUGAUUCUAAUUCACAUAAUAAUGCCAUUUAAGACUUUUUUUCUGGUGUCGUAUGCUCUUUAAGACAGGGGUGUUCAAACUUUUUGCAAAGGGGGCCAGAUUUGGUGCGGUAAAAAUGUGGGGGACCGACCUUGGCUGACGUCCUUUACGUAGAACAAUACAUUUAAGCAAAUUUUAGCAAGCCAUUCUGGUUGUUGCAUUUGCUUUAUUAUUUUUUUAAUUCAUAAUUUUAACAAUCUCGCAACUAGCCUUUGUGGCGUUCUCUUUCGACUCUCGGGCUCUUGCAAAAUACUGCUGUUGUGAAGUUAAAUUGAAGCAACUUGAAGAUAGUUUUUCUUUGCGUAUCUUCCCUAUAAUCUUUUCGUGCAUGUCAGCGUGUCUUGUUUGGUAAUAUCGCCUCACAUUGAACUCUUUAAAAACAGCGACUGCCUUUUUUGCAAUUGAGGCAGACACAGUUGUUGUGUAUUUUAGUGAAGAAAUAUCGUAAUUUUCAGACUAUAAGCCGCUACUUUUUUCAUUCAUUUUGAUACAUGUGGCUUAUAGUCCAGUGCGGCAUAUUUGUUGAUUUUUUUUUAGGUAACACUUUAUUUGACAGCGGUGUCAUAAGACUGUCAUAAGAUCAUCAAAAUUAUGACAUGACACUAUCAUGGACAUUACUGAAUGCUUAUGUCAUUAAAUGUCAUUUGGCAAAUUAUUUCACUAACUCAAUUUUUGUCCAUCAUCUUUUGCAUUAAUUCAAAAGUGAGAUCAUUUGCCGGAUAACACUUAAUGACAUCUGUUAUAAACAUUCAUGAAUGCUCAGGACAGCGACAUGUCAUAAUUAUGACUGUGUAAUGACAGUCUUAUGGCACCACUGUCAAAGUGUUAGCAAAUACAUUAACUAGCAAUUGAUGAAACAGCUGGAACAGUAACUGAAGAAAUAUUUAGCACAGAACAUGAUUUUUGAUUGUUAUUUACAUCUGUAGUGCUGUAAUGCAUGCUAAGAGGCAUGUUGGAUGACAAUAUUGUUGACAGCAGAUGGCAGCAGAGGUUGACUCUCUCCCCCAAGGGAGCAAUGAUGGCCAAAUGAAGCUUCUUGAAGCAAUAAAGCUUUGCAGCCAAUUGAUUCAAAGCUUCAUGGUGCUUCAUUUGGUCUUUUGACAGUCGUAUGAUGCCGCUGUCAAAAAAGUUUUACCGUUUAAUAUCUUUUGGUUUAAAUAUCCCAAUAUACAGUGAGGACAGCUGCGACCUAUAGUCCAGUGCAUCUUAUCUAUGAACAAAUGCCGUUUUUGUGCCAAAUUUCGUGGGCUGCAGCUUAAAGUCAGGUGCGCCUUAUAGUGCGAAAAUUAGGGUAGUCCAAUUUCCACCUAUCCUUGUAGCGUCGGCCGUCGCAGUCAACUUUCUUUUUCUUGUUGACUGUCGCCAUUUCAGAAAAUUUGAAGAAGAGGGUCACACGGGGUGAUGUUGCUCAGAGUGCUGCUGCCUUUUAGUGGGUAUGAGGAGCAGCAUUUAGUGUGUAAGCUACUUCAUAUGCUGGUAACAGUACUGCUGACCAAUUUAUCGAGUUUGUGCGUGGGCCAGACGUUAUUGAUUUUUUGACAGAGGCUGGGGGCCGGAUUAAAUUUGACCACGGGCCGCAUUUGGCCCCCAGGCCGGACCUUGGACAUGUAUGUUUUAAUAGAAAGUACUGGAGACUUCUAAAGUGUCCAGCAAAAAGUACUGGAGACUUCUAAAGUGUCCAGCAAUCUGUCCAGACAUGAAUCCCAUAGAGCACCUGUGGAGAGAUCUGAAAAUGGCAGUUUGGAGAAGGCACCCUUCAAAUCUCAGACCUGGAGCAGUUGGCCAAAGAAGAAUGGUCUAAAAUUCCAGCAGACCAUUGUAAGAAACUCAUUGAUGGAUACCGGAAGCGGUUGUUCGCAGUUAUUUUGUCUAAAGGUUGUGCUACCAAGUAUUUGGCUGCGGGUGCCAAUACUUUUGUCCAGCCCAUUUUUGGAGUUUUGUGUAAAAUGAUAAUAGUUUUUUUUCCCUAUUUUCUUUUGUGUUUCUUCAUUGCAAGCAAAAUAAAUGAAGAUAUUACUACCAAAGCAUUUGUAAUUGCAAUCAUUUUCAGGGAGAAAUUGAGCAUUAUCUUACAGAAUUGCAGGGGUGCCAAUAAUUUUGGCCAGCAGUGUAUUGCUAAUUCUCAGGGAUACAAAUACUUAUGAACCCCAAUAAAUUACAAAUUUUAAAAAAAUCAUACAAUGUGAUUUCUGGAUUUUUAAAAGAUGAUGUCUCUAUGAGUGGAAAUACAUCUAGGUUUAAAAAUUUCAGACCUCUACUAUUUUCUAAGUGGGUGAACUUGCAAAACUACAAGGAGUGCAAAUACUUCCGCUCCUCACUGUAACUAUAACUAUUACCAGGUAACACACACACUCCCAUCUUAAAGAUAUUUUUCAUUAUUGCCAAGUGCAAAUCGUUCCAAAACUGAAAAGGCGUCUUUUGAAAUAGUGGAAAAAAUAAAUCAUUACUUAGUGUUUCAAUGACUUCAGCCUCGGGCUAAAACAAAAUAAACAUAACCUGGUUUCAAAAUAUAAAAUAAAUCAAAAAGUGUUAGUAAUACUGCGUUUGAUAGUUCCUACUCUGUAAAUUCUAAACUUUCCGACUAGUAUAGUAAUCAAUGACAAAUUCUUCGUCUGCUUUGGUUUGUCUUCUUUUUCCCGGAAUGUCGGUUGUUGGUUUAUGCGCAUUACCUCUACUGCCCCCUGGAUUAGAGAAAGACUUAACUCUGACAUGGAUUUUUUUUUUCUUUUCUUUUUUUUUUUUUCAA